GGAAUGAACUAGCCGGGAAUAUUUGGAAUUGGGCUGAUUAUUAAGUACAAAUGGGAAAUGUCAUUCGGAAAUGAGUUUCAAUAUUACAAAGUGUACCAAUACUACAGUAAAAGCCCAAGAGUGGUAUUUCAAUUAGCGCUCAGCUCAGAUGGUCGUUACACUCCCGACGAAGGCAGAUAUCAUCACCAUGACACACCAUCAAUUGAGACCACUUAUCUCUACCCACAAAUACACGGACGAUUAACUGAUACAUCUCCAUCAAAGACAGCCUAUCCAACAUACAGACAGCUGCAAUUGCAUAACUCUCAACUCAAUCAAGUCAAAUUUCAAGCUAAAAAGAAAACACAAUACCUGGGCAUAACACCAAGUCUGAACAAAGGCGAAAGCACUUCAUUUAGGACACAAUCAUACCAGAAUUUCAACUUAAUCAACACACCAUUAGCGCCAUCAGUUUCUACAGCGGCGGUAGCGCCCAGAGGGAGCGGCAGCAAAGUGGACUAUUAUGUGCCCAACGUGAGCUCUUCUGCACAACUAUUCAGCGAGUUUGAUGAGCUCUUUAACAACUUCAAUUUGCAUGAAAAGCAGGCGACCAUCAAUGGCGAAGGAGCAUUUUUCAGCUCCAAACAUAAAAUCUAAGAGUUGUAUACCGCAGCAUUAUGUGUACAAUGAUUAAAGUAUACUCGUGUGUACAUUCACACAUAUGUACAAGCAAAUUAGCCGAUACUUAACUAAUAGUUUGGCUAUUAUAACAACUUAUAAUUAUUUGUGUAAUUUGUACAAUAAUAAAUUACUUUUAUAGAUUAAUGAUUAUAUCCCAUGCUAAAAUUAAUGGAAUAAUU